GCUAUGCUCAGUCCUGUCCGGCCAGUCCCGCCUUGCGCGCCCAUUUCGAGCCCGAGUUUCCAGCUCGACUUUGCAGGCUCGAGAACCCGGAACAGAUUUUCCAGGACUCGGUUCUUGGGCUGUGGCUAUGGGGGCAGGAAUGGCGCAGCUCGAGGGUUACUACUUUUCGGCUGCCCUCAGCUGCACCUUUUUGGUGUCCUGUCUCCUCUUCUCCGCCUUCAGCCGGGCGCUGCGAGAGCCCUACAUGGACGAGAUCUUCCACCUGCCGCAGGCGCAGCGCUACUGUGAGGGCCAUUUCUCCCUCUCGCAGUGGGAUCCAAUGAUUACUACAUUACCGGGCUUGUACCUGCUGUCAGUUGGAGUGGUCAAACCUGCCAGUUGGAUCUUUGGAUGGUCGGAACACGUUGUCUGCUCCAUCGGAAUGCUCAGAUUUGUUAAUCUUCUUUUCAGUGUAGGCAACUUCUAUUUACUCUAUUUGCUUUUCCGCAAGGUACAACCCAGGCACAAGGCUGCCUCAGGUGUCCAGAGAAUCUUGUCAACGUUAACAUUAGCGGUAUUUCCCACACUCUAUUUUUUUAACUUCCUUUAUUAUACAGAAGCAGGAUCCAUGUUUUUUACUCUUUUUGCCUAUUUGAUGUGUCUUUAUGGAAAUCAUAAAACUUCAGCUUUGCUUGGAUUUUGUGGCUUCAUGUUUCGUCAAACUAAUAUCAUCUGGGCUGUCUUCUGCGCAGGAAACGUCAUUGCACAAAAAUUAACUGAAGCUUGGAAAACAGAGCUACAAAAGAAAAAGGAAGAGCGGCUUCCCCCUAUUAAAGGACCAUUUUCUGAAUUCAGGAAAAUUUUUCAGUUUCUUUUGGCUUAUUCCAUGUCCUUUAAGAAUUUGAGUAUGCUUUUCCUUUUGACUUGGCCCUACCUCCUUCUAAUGUUUCUGUUUUGUGUUUUUGUAGUUGUUAAUGGUGGGAUUGUUAUUGGCGAUCGAAGUAGUCAUGAAGCCUGUCUACAUUUUCCUCAGCUCUUCUACUUUUUCUCUUUUACUCUCUUUUUUUCGUUUCCUCACCUACUGUCUCCUAGCAAAAUUAGGGCUUUUCUUUGCUUAGUUUGGAAACGUAGAAUUCAGUUUUUUAUGAUUACCUUAGUCUCUCUGUUUUUAGUUUGGAAAUUCACUUAUGCUCAUAAAUACUUGCUCGCAGAUAAUAGACAUUAUACAUUCUAUGUAUGGAAAAGAGUUUUUCAAAGAUACGAAAUUGUGAAAUACUUGUUAGUUCCAAUAUAUAUAUUUGCUGGUUGGAGUAUAGCUGACUCAUUGAAAUCAAAGUCAGUUUUCUGGAAUUUAAUGUUUUUCAUAUGCUUGUUUACUGUUACAGUACCUCAGAAACUGCUAGAAUUUCGUUACUUCAUUUUACCUUAUGUUAUUUAUAGACUUAACAUACCUCUGCCACCUAUAUCUAGGCUUAUUUGUGAACUGGGUUGCUAUGCAGUUGUUAAUUUCCUAACUUUUUAUGUCUUCCUGAACAAGACUUUUCAGUGGCCAAAUAGUCAGGACAUUCAGAGGUUUAUGUGGUAACAUCAGAGAUAUCUUGAAUUCUAAAAAUUGACUGUUUAGACUAUCUCCACAGUGACAACUGAACAGGUAAAAAUUAUGGACUUUCUUUUGGGCACAGUGGUGAUCCACAGAUCA